UUAUUUUUAAAAAAAGCCAAAACAAACUGGCCCUUUGUCUCCACAUCAUUUUCUCUACAAAUCCAUCAAAAUUCUUGACUCCUCACUGUAACAGCUGAAUAGCUAUGGCUUUCAGAAUGGGACUCGGAGGGGGAAAUGCAUCUUCUGGCAUGGGUGUUGCUGAGCAUAGUGUAAGCACAUUCAAGGAAUUGCAGAGGAAGAAAGUGUACCGCUACGUGAUUUUUAAAAUUGAUGAGAAAACGAAAGAGGUCGUGGUUGAAAAAACUGGUGGCCCGGCUGAGAGUUAUGAUGAUUUCACUGCAUCUUUGCCGGAAAAUGAUUGCAGAUACGCUGUCUUUGACUUCGAUUUCGUGACCUCUGAGAACUGCCAAAAGAGCAAAAUCUUUUUUAUUGCAUGGUCUCCUUCCGUGGCUCGCAUUCGCCCUAAGAUGCUUUAUGCAACCUCAAAAGACAGGUUCAGAAGGGAGCUGCAGGGAAUCCAUUACGAGAUUCAAGCAACAGACCCAACAGAGAUGGAACUCGAAGUCCUCCAAGAGCGUGCAAACUAAGUCGAACCUAAACAAACCGAAAGGGUUGUGUCUAAGUAAUUUAGUCAGUAUAUCUUAGGUCCCGAGAAACGUUCUUGACAAAUGCCUCUUUAGUAUUAGUAUGAUCUUGUAUUUUCCUGACGUAUUUUAUAUAAAUAGCUUAGUUUAAAUCUAAAGUGAAAUAGUGUUUAAAUUCUAGCUAAGGUGUAGAGUCCCACAUCGUUAAUACGAACUAUUGUAUUGGUGUUUAUAAUACACGAGAUUGCAUUAGUUGGUACCUGGAUUGAGAUGAUGUGAAUGGGUCCAUGCUAUGGCUGGACUCAGGAAAGUCCCCGGGCCCAAUCUGCAGAAAUGUAGGCCUGGAAACGGGUAAUCCUUAAGCGGGGCUGGCUUCAGACUUUCGGGUGUGAGGGCUGAGACAUGUGUGGAGCCUUUGCCAGUCUUGCUAAGGAAUUUGGCCGAUUGAUACAGUCAUUCACAUGGUCCUUGUGACUAACAGAACGGGGCUUAUGUCAAAAUCCAAAUUAUUUU